AUGGAUACACUUAAACGAAAAUUAAGUUCUGAUGAUUUAUCAAAAGAAGAAACAAAGAAAUUUCGCAAUGAAUUCAAUCAAUCAAUGACUUGUUUCGAAGAUCUAUCAAAUGAAUUAUUAUGUGAAAUAUUUGAUUAUCUUAAUGGAUAUGAGUUAUGUAAAAUAUUUUCAAAUCUGAAUAUUCGAUUUAAACAACUUCUUCAUUCUUCAUGUGUAUUAUUUAAAAUUUAUUAUUGUUUAUUUGGAUAUGAUGAAAUUAUGAACAUAUUUAAACAAUUUAUGUUUUCUAAUCGACAUCAAAUAUUUUCUAUACAUAUAACUUUUAUACUUCAAGAUAGUUAUUUUCUUUCAUCAUUUUUAUUUGAUUCAUCGUUUGAUCAUCUUGAAUCAAUUUUUUUUAAAGAUAUUCAAUCUGAUACACUUAUUCCAGUUCUAAAAAAUUUAUCUUCUUUACCAAAUCUUUUCUCAUUAACGAUCAUAACAUUCAAUGUUAAAGAAAAAAUCAAUGAUAUCUAUCAAUUGAUAUUUGUUUUACCUAAAUUAAAAUAUUAUCGAAUUUCUUUUUCUGAUAAACCACAUUCAAUUACACUUCCAAUAGCUAUGAAUAACCAAUUCAGUCCUAUUGAAUAUUUUGUUAUUGAUCAUUAUUGUUCGUUGAACGAACUUGUAACUUUAAUUUCUUAUACAACACAACUUCGGCGUUUAACUCUUCAUAAAACAAAAACGAAUGAUUCAAAUAUUACGAUAUUAUCAUCAAUUACAUUAACUAAUCUCAAAUCGAUGUAUUUGGAUUUACGUCAAACAAAAUUUAAUCAACUAGAAAUAUUUAUUACAAAAAUAUUUUCAAAUUUAACAAUUUUAUCUAUUAUUGGAUCAAAAGAUAUUACUUUUCUUGAUGCUUAUCGAUGGGAACAAUUAAUUUUUAAUUAUUUUCCUAAGUUAGAAAAAUUUUAUCUAUUCUAUGAUGAUCAAGUUGAUAAUGAACAAGAAUAUCCGAUAUAUACUGGAGGAAUGAACAAAUUUUCUUCAUCAUUUUGGAUUAAACGACAAUGGCUAUUUGAAGUUGAAAUUAGUGGAACACAUAUCGAAUACAUAAUUCGCCCAUAUAGUAAAAGAUGGUAUGAUGAUAUAGAACACGAUAUUGUUAAUUGUUCUGUUGAACAUUCUACAUUUACUGAUUUGACAAUCGAACCCAUGCCUUGUUAUGUGUUUGAAAAUGUGGUGUUCAAAGCAAUUGAACGUAUUUUAACAAUAACACAUAUUUAUCACUUAUAUAUUCUCCAGAAAAAGAUCUCAAUUUCUACAUUGAUUCAAACUUUUGCUCUAUUACCAGACAUAACUACAUUAAAAAUUCAUUCCUUAUCAAUAGACAAAACAAACGAAUCAACUGCUGAAGAACUUCUGAUUUUGUGUUCCAUGAAAGAUACAAGUAAAGUUACCAAAGUCUAUCUUGAAGAAAUUGGUAAUAUUCAAGAACUUGAUUUUCUUUUCACUCUUUGUCCUUAUAUGGAACAUUUCAAAGUUAAAUAUAUAAAUACGAUGGAUGUUCAAUCGUUUAUACGUACUAUUUUCAAGAAAAUUAAUCGCAAUAAUAAUUAUUCUCUUCGUUCAUUAUGUUUUCAUGUUUCAACAGCAGUUGAUGAAAUAAUUAAAAAUAUUGAAGAAAUGAUUAUAUGUGAAAAAUCACUCUCUCAUUUUAAAGUUAAAUGUAUAUUGGAUACUGUUUAUUUACAAUGGAAAUGA